CAUGGGAGAGGGAACAAGACAUUCACAUGCACACACACACACCCUCCUCCAACAGUCCUCUCCUCAUUGUUUGGGACGGAAUGGGUCCCCAGCUGAGGGGGCCAGGGCAGGAAGAGGUGGAGGACAAGAAGAACUCGUGAGAAUUGGAGUCCAACCUUGGAGGGCUUCUGUGGGGGCGGAAGAGGCUGACUCCAGGCCUGAGAGCCCAGGGGGAGGCCGCCAGCAGGGAGCUGAGCUCUCUGAAGAGGGUCUGGGGAGGGGGUGAGGAGGCAGAGGUGGGCUGAUGUCUGAAGACGUCACCUGGGCUUUAUAAAAGGGGACCGACUGAGGAGCUGGUGAGAGGCAGCUAAGGAGCCCAGCUCCCCUCCCGCCGGCGCUCGCCCACCCAGGCAGCCUCCUCUGUCUCCUCUCCUCAGAGACCCAGUGGAUCUCGCCUGGGCCAGGAAGAGCCAAGCCUCAGCGCGAUUCCAGGACCUGCCUCUUCUCAUCAGGAUGAACGCACUGAUUUCUUGGCCACUACUGCUUUUCCUCUGUGCCACCUCCUUCGGGGACCCACUGGCAAAGGUGGCACCUGUGGAUGAUCCUAGACCCAUAGGCCAGAGACUGGGACCUCUGACGGCCCUGGACCCUUGGGAGCAGGACCUGCGGUGCACGGAGAGGAAGCCUGUCCCAGCCGGGCCGAGCCCUCGGGGGGUCUCGCUGUGUCCCCCUGGCGAGAGCCCUGCGGGGCCCCAGGUGAUGGGUCCAUGCUCCCCGCGCAGUCGUCUGAUUCCCGCGCCCCGGGGCGCGGUGCUGGUGCAGCGGGAGAAGGACCUGUCCUCCUACAACUGGAACUCUUUCGGUCUGCGCUAUGGCAAGCGGCAGACAGCGCCUGGAAGCCGCCGCGGAGGCGCUGAACCUGGCCCAGGGCGCAGGUGCGGGCAGUGAACUUCAAACCCCGACUAGAGGCCGAGCAGGCAGAGG